AUGGCAUAUUACAGAGACAUUCCUGUGGAGGUAACUACAGAAAUUUUGUCGCGAAUGCCUGUAAAAUCUCUCCAUCGAUUCAAAUGUGUAUGCAAGUCAUGGAAAAACCUCAUCGAAAGCCAUGAUUUCUGCAAGCAUCAUCUUUUUAGAUCCCUCAAAAUCAACUCUACUAAUUUCUCCCUCAUCUUAACAACUUGGCAUACCACCCUCCACAUCAAUGACACACUUACUCUCUUCCCUUUCCUCAACCGCGCUUACCUUGACUGUAAUGACAUCGACAACCUCGAUAUCAACAGACUUAUUUUGCCUCCCUCGUUUCAACCAUCACCAGAUAAAAUUAGUAGAGGCAACUAUGGUUUCCCUUGUAAACCUCGUCCCAAAAAGGUGACCUAUGGGAGGAUUGAUAUUGCCGGCUCUUGCCAUGGGUUGGUUUUGGUUUUAUGUGGGACGCACCACGCUGCUGUCUGCAACCCGUCUAUUAACGACCUAAAACAUUCCAGCUUUUGGAAGAUCUUACCCACCAUAAAUUUUAAUUCCUCUAAACACAACACUCAUGAUUCAACCUACGUGCUGAACUUAGAUGAUCAACCUCUCCAAAGAGAUGUAGUAAGAACAUUUCAAUUCAUGAUUUUCGGAUUUGGUUAUGAUAUUUACAGCCACUGUUACAAGGUAGUAUGCUUUACACCAGGAAAUGCUCUUAUUUACAAUUUGUCUAAAGGUAACCCUUCAUGGAGGAUGAUUGAUUUACCUGAGUUGGAGCUUGCAAGUGAAUUUGAACAGGACAUCAAUGAUUAUAAGCUAUAUAUCCAGCCACAUAACCAUGGUGUCGUGGUAAACAACCACUUACACUGGAAUAUCACCGAGUAUGAUCCACAAAUCUUUGAGUACUCGAAGGAAACAAUACUUACCUUCAAUCUUCAUAACGAAGUAUGGGGUACAAUGCCAGUGCCAGAGCCAGAGGAAUUAUAUCAGGGGUACUUUAUGAAAGGGUUUAUAGUAAAACCCUACAUCUUAGAGCUUGGAGUGUUAAAUGGAUGUUUAUGCCUCUUGAUGUCUCGAGGCAUUAGCUCUACACAUCUCGGGUUAUGGAUCAUGAAGGAGUACGGAGUGGAGGAGUCAUGGACAAAGGUGUGCAAUGUACCUAACGGAAGUGGAAUUCCUGUGGCUUAUCGCGUAGAAACACAGGAGUAUCUGUUGCCGGGAGCUCAGUAUGGUUUAGGUUGGUAUAAUCCGAAAUCAAAGAGGAUAAACAAGGUUGGACUUCAUGGAUGUGGGUGUACAGGAGGUCAUCACUAUUCUACUAGAGUAAAGAUAUGCAUUGAAAGUUUUGCUACACCUCGCAUGUUUCUCACAGAAACAAGCGAGAAAAUCUAUCAGUUAGUUUAA